AUGUCAAACCCGAUCCGGCAUAAAUUUAAUCCGCAAAGGCCCAGUCCCAACUCCAGUACAAUUUCCAAGCCGCCCAGUUUGAAAAACCUCUCCGAAAAUUUCUCCACCGCCGUUUCUAUUCAUAGCUCCAAAGGGUCGCUCGACUCAGAGGCGCCUAAAAAUGAAUCGGAGUUUAAUUGGCAAGAGAAGAAAACGACGCUGAAAGCGCGAUUCUCUCAUCUUUUCAAUAACGAAACGUUGGCGGAUGUUCAUUUCAUCGUUGGGACUGAUGAGCUUCGGAUUCCUGCUCAUAAACUCGUUCUUUCUGCCGGAUCAGCUGUUUUUGAUGCAAUGUUCAACGGUGAUAUGCGUCACACAGAACCGGAAGUGGUCAUUACAGACAUCGAGUCUCCCGCCUUCCUCGUUCUCCUGCGUUUUCUUUACUCCGAUGAAUCCGACAUUGGGCCUGAAAAUGUCAUGACUACACUCUACACAGCGAAGAAAUAUGCCGUUCCUGCCUUGGAAAAUCAGUGCAUCGAGUUUUUGGAGAAUAACUUGACCCCCGACAACGCCUUUUUGCUUCUUAGGAAAAAGUCUGAAAAAUUAACCGUUUUUCGAUCGAAAAUCUUUUUAACUUUUGAUAGUCAAGCGAGAAUAUUUUCUGAAGAAGCGCUUGCUGAAAGAUGUAUGGAAUGUAUUGAUCAAAGUACCGAAGAAGCUCUCGCUGGUGACGGCUUCGUCGAUAUAGACUUUGAAACCCUGCUCGUCAUUCUCAAACGCGAUUCUCUCGGCAUUCGCGAGCAUCGACUCUUUUCCGCGAUUCUCCGCUGGGCCGGAGCUGAAUGCGCCAGAGUCGAUUUACCGAAAAACCCGAAGAACAUGCGCAAAGUUCUGGAAGGCGCAGUCGAGCUAGUACGAUUUCCUCUCAUGACUAUCGAAGAAUUCGCCGCUGGUCCGGCCCAAUCUGAUGUUCUUGAAAAAGAUGAAGUUGUUGAUAUAUUCUUGCACUUUGCAGCACCCAACCCUAAGCCCACAAUUCCAUACCCAGAUCAUGCUCGAUGCUGUCACACUGGCAAAGAAGAAGUGGUUUCUCGCUUCUCCGAGUAUGCCUCUCGAUGGGGAUACUCAGGCACCUGCGAUCGGAUCCGCUUCACGGUUUCAAGAAAAAUCUACGUCGUCGGCCUUGGUCUUUAUGGAUCGAUCCACAGUGGUGCGAGUACUGAGUAUCGAGUCUUGAUGCAGAUUAUUCACUCUGAAACCAACAACAUUUGUGGUCAAAAUGAAGUCUCAUUCAGCCCUGAUGGUACGCCAAAGACGUUCCGUGUCAUGUUCAAAGAACCGAUUGAAAUCAAGCCCAACCAGUUCUACACUGCCUCGGCCACACUAAACGGCCCGGACAGCUGGUAUGGCACGAAGGGCCUCGCCCAAGUCAAACACGUCGGCGUCGGCGAGAAAAAGACCACUUUCACAUUCUUCUACGCAGCCUGCAACAAUAAUGGCACCUCCGUCGAGGACGGCCAGAUUCCCGAGCUCAUCUUCUUCCAUUCUAUCGACUCAAAAGACUAA